AGCACUGCAGAAAAUAAAUAUCACCCCCACAAGUCGAUAAUAAUCCGUCGAUCCUCCCACCCCCCACGAUCAAUCGGCUCUCUGAUUAUUUUCAAGCUCUAAUCGGGGCUCGAAGCGAUUAUUCUCGGUUGUGAAAUAAUUUUAUCAGGUCAGUUGACUAGAGCAGUCCAACUGGUGGGGAUACAGGGGUGGCGUUCAGCGAAUAACUCCAGUGGUGUUUGGCGGGCAGCAAUACGCCGAUUGGUCCUUCCACAGUUCUUGCUCUCCCCUGUUUGUAGCCGAUGGUUGCUUAUAGACCUCUGGCCCGUUAAAGCAUCGGUACGUUUAUCGAAAACGACGAAAAAUUACGCUGACUUAAUUAUCCAAAAAACGGAUAUUCAACAGUCACGGGUUCGUGUUAAAUCAACGACAAUUGACGUUAGUCAAUAAUCAAACAAAUAAAUAAUAAAUUGUUGGAUUAUUUGGAGGAAAUCGUGAAGAUAAAUCAUAAUGAGUUCGAGCGCGUGUUACAAAUGCAACCGAAUGGGCCACUUUGCACGUGAGUGCCCCCAGGGUGGUACUGGUGGUGGACGCAGCGACCGUGGACGUGGUGAUCGUGAAGGUGGUUUCGGUAGAGGCCGUGAGAAAUGCUUCAAGUGCAACCAGUUCGGACAUUUCGCACGUGAAUGCAAAGAGGAUCAGGACCUGUGCUACCGCUGCAACGGAGUUGGACACAUCGCAAAAGACUGCCAGCAGGGACCUGAGAUGAGCUGUUACAACUGCAACAAAACUGGUCAUAUUGCUCGUAGCUGCCCCGAGGGUGGCACUGAGAGCGGUCGUUUUGCGCUUCAAAGCUGCUAUAAUUGCAACAAAACAGGUCACAUUGCUCGCAACUGCACCGAGGCAGGUGGUAAAAUUUGCUACGUGUGUGGCAAGAGCGGUCACAUAAGUCGUGAGUGCGAUCAGGACGACAGGAAGUAGAAAAUAUCCGUCAAAAUGUGCCAAUCGCUGAUUAAAAUAACGCGAUAAGCUGGUUUUUUUAGCAAUGGUGCACACAGACCGACAACCGGACAAGAAAAAAAAAAGAGAAAGGAAGAAAAACAUUUUUUUUUGCUAGAUAGGGAUGUGCGGACGUCCACUCGGGUCUUGAAGCGUAUUUAUCCGGUAUUAAAACAUAAUAAUGGUGAACCACUAAAGGGUACUCAACAAAAAAAAAAAAAAAAACAUAAGUAAAUUCGAUGGAAUGAUGAAUAAUAGAAUGGUUGAUGGCUCGAAA